GGGAAUCAUAGGCUUAACAACAUGGAAGAGACCAAUGAUACUUUUGGUGAGUAGUCAUGGAGAAGGCAUUUCAAUUUGCAUCUGCUGGAGAAUACAUCUUCUGAAAUAAAGCUGUGAGAAAAGCAUGAUGUAUAAACUAUGACAUUGUAGAAGUAGCUUCCUAAGGUGUUGUGUCAUAAAGAAACGUGCAGUUUACUUCUCUUUGGAUAAUUGUCACUGGGCUAUAUGGUUAACCUAUUUGUUCUGCUGUCUGUCGUCUGUGUUCUUCUGAACCUGGCUGGAUUUAUAUUAGGAUGUCAAGGUGCUCAGUUUGUGUCCAGUGUACCCAGAUGUGAUUUGGUGGACACAGGUGAAAACAAGAUUUGUUUCUGCUGUGAAGAAUUUCAUCCCACUAAAUGCACAGAAAAAGAGAAUGCGCUGAAGCUAUACCCAGUGAAGUCAUGCAGUGCUGUUCACCUUCUUCUUAAGAAAGUUCUCUUUGCUCUCUGUGCCCUGAAUGCUCUCACCACCACAGUUUGCUUAGUAGCAGCUGCUCUGCGCUACUUACAGAUAUUUGCAACAAGAAGAACCUGCACAGAUGAAUCUCGGGUUGCCACAGAAGAAACUGAAGAACAAGGUCACAUUUCAGAUCCUGAAGAUUUUGUCCCACCUGUGCCACCUCCUUCAUACUUUGCAACAUUUUAUUCUUGUACUCCCAGAAUGACUCACAGGAUGCUUGGCUCUGAUGUGAUUCCGUUACCACAUAUUUACGGAGCUAGAAUUAAAGGAGUUGAAGUGUUCUGCCCUCUGGAUCCACCUCCUCCUUAUGAUGCUGUGGUGAGCCGGAUCAGCUGUGAACAGGAAGAUACACUACAAGUAGGUGUGGUAGAAGUUGCUGCUGAUUCUGUGGACACAAGUGAUAGGCAGGCCUCUCAAGGUGAAGAAAUUCCUAAGUCUUCCAGCAGAGUGAGCCUUUCACCUUCAAAUGCAAACCCAGCAUCUGCAGACAAGAGAGCCUUCACUCUUCUAAAGAAACGGUCCAAAAGUGACCCUGUGCUGCACUGCCUGCUGCAUCAAGGUCCAGCGCUAAGCUGUGAAGCUGCAACUCAGACUGAAUUAAAACCAGAACUUGAUACUGUCACUUUGCGGAAGAGUUUGAGAGGAAGAGCUUUGAGAGCAAGACCCCAGUCUUUGAUAGACUAUAAGUCCUACAUAGACACUAAGCUGCUUGUGGCACGCUUCCUGGGGCAGUCCUCCUGCAGCAUGACCCCUGACAUACAUGAAUUGCUGGAAAGUAUCAAGUCUGUUUUAAAAUCAGAUGAAGAACACAUGGCGGAAGCUAUCACCAGUGCCACCUUUCUUGAGCAGGUGAUGGCACCUGCCCAGCAAGCAACGUCAUCAAGGGCAUACGUGCAACCUUUUAGACAGCAUCCUGGACUGCUGCACCUGGAGAGCUGUGGUGAUCUGAGUACUUUUACAACAGCUGAAAGUCAGUUAGAAGAAAGAAGGAUCCAGGGACUAGAACAUGAACGGCCUCACAGUCUUAUUGGAGUUGUAAGGGAAACUGUAUUGUGAGCUGGUUUCUCUCUAUUCCUCAGAGCAUUUCUGUCAAACAUGCUUGCUGAACAGAAAAAAUCAUCUCUGAGAAGUACGUGGAAGAGUAUGUCGCUAAUCCAUUUUUAUACCCUCCUGCUCAGACUCCUAAGAGGAAGCUCACUCUACAAAAGCUCUUAAUCAGAUUCCAAGCUGGCCUUUAAACUGGGCUAUUCCGGUGCAACUACUCUGUUUGUGAUAUAAUACUGUUCUUUUGCGCCUCUGUAGUCCAUCAUCACUUAGGAUGGAUUUGUUUUUUAUACUCAAUUUACAAGAGAGAUGGUAGAAUGAUUCUAUGCCUUGGUUUAGCUGAGGUGAGGCAAGAACAGUUACGCAUGCAUGCACUUUGUAUCUCACUGAACAAUACAGGCCAGAGUCAAUGCCUGUCUUUGUAUGUUCUAAAUUACUGUAGCUUUUUAGCAAUUUACUUCCUAGUAGAGGUGCUUCCUACAUAUCAACAGCCAUCCACGCUGAAAGAAUUUCUGCAGCCAUCUCAAAUCCUCUGCAAAUAUGCAGAUAACUACCUGAUGUUGUUUUGGCAACCUUAACCACUAGGCCAAAGUGACCCAUGAGCUGACACUCCCUGGCUACUACAUAAACACAUAAGCCAGUUGACUCAAGCUGUUGACUGCAGCUAGUAUGUCAAGCUCUAUUCUGUACGUAUGCUGCUAACUUGGAAUACACUAAGUGUUUCCAGAGGCUGGGAUCAGGCACACAGUUUUUAUUUCCAAAGCUAGUUGUAACCUUCCGCAUCUCAGCAGGACAACUAAAUAUU